AACAAUUUUGAUAUGCUUCAAACACAUACUCAGCUUCAGAUUUAGGCGUAAUCUUUUUAUUUUUUUAACCAUAAACUAACGUAUUCCUAAAUACUAUUUAUAUCCCCUAAUCAGAAGUAAUUUAGGUGUAAUCAUGUAAUUAAAAAACCUUGUUUGUUUUUGCAAAAUAUAUUGAAAAAAAAAUUCAUAUAAACGUAGCGGUGACUUUAUCUUUGUUUAUUUUUAUAAAAAAAAAUCCUUAUUAUUUUAUCGACAAAGUGAUGAUCUGAUGGUAUGCUUCUUUGGAGAUUAAAAAAGAAUCUACUCAGUCCUGCUUUCACUCAUUGAUUGUCUGAACCGCCUUCAUUUUUCUCUCUCUUUCUCAAAGAAUCCUCAUCUCUCUUCCCCGCACGCCAUCCACCACCCAAAAACACUCAAAACACAUCCUCAAUCUGCAAAUUACUUUCAUCAAAAUCACUAACAAACCAAUAAAUCAUAUCUUAUAUUCCUAUUAACUAAAAAAAUAUGUCUUCACCCAGCAAGCGACGGGAGAUGGAUUUGAUGAAGCUGAUGAUGGGUGAUUAUAAAGUAGAUAUGAUCAAUGAUGGUAUGCAAGAGUUUUAUGUGCAGUUUCAUGGACCAAAAGACAGUCCUUAUGAUGGAGGUGUUUGGAGAAUAAGGGUGGAGCUUCCUGAUGCAUAUCCAUACAAAUCUCCUUCAAUUGGUUUCAUCAACAAAAUCUACCAUCCAAAUGUGGAUGAAAUGUCAGGAUCGGUUUGUUUAGAUGUUAUUAACCAGACAUGGAGCCCGAUGUUUGAUCUUGUGAACGUGUUUGAAGUUUUUCUUCCUCAGCUUCUUUUGUACCCUAAUCCAUCUGAUCCCUUAAAUGGAGAUGCUGCAGCGCUAAUGAUGCGAGACAGAACUGCAUAUGAACAAAAAGUUAAAGAGUACUGUGAGAGAUAUGCAAAGCCAGAGGAUGCUGGAGCUGUGCCUGAAGAGCAAUCGAGUGAUGAGGAACUGAGUGAAGCUGAAUACGCGUCUAGUGAUGAAGAAGUAGCUGGAAAAGCCGACCCUUGAAUGCAUUUGUAUCAUGUUUAUGUUCGUAUGUACAUCGUAACUAGUCUUUUUAAGCUUAAAAAAAAAAAAAAAAAAAAAACAUUUAGCCCUCUAAAGGGCAAUUUGCUGGAAUAAUUCUUGUAAAAACUUGUGUCUUUUGUAACAUUUGUUGUUUAUAUUUGAUUAAUUCUAAUGUUUCUGUGUCAAAUGCUUCAAAUGCUAUGCUGUUUGUUUUGGGAAACAUUGUGACAUUUAAUUGCUUAAAAUGAAAAAUGCUUUUUUUUUUGGUACAAGUUAUAACUUCACGAGUCACAACCUCUACUUUUAAUCGCAUUAAAUGGAAAUGUAUUUUUCGUCCAAGUU